AUGGUGGUCGUCCUCCGCGACGAGUGCUCGCUCGUCCUCGCGUGGCUCCUCGAAGGCCUCUGCCUGCUUCCCGCGCUCGCGCUGACGUCGGCCGAGAACGCGGUCGUCGUCUUUGGCAUCUUUGCGCUCGCGUCCGGCGCCGGGCUCCUCCUCAGCUUCUCGUCGACGUGCCGCCACCGGCGCGCGUGCCAGUUUCUCCACGCAGGCUACAUUGCUUGGAUCUUCUACACGCUGCAGCUGCUCUUCAUUACGGUCGUCGGCAUGAGCAUCUACAACUUCCUGCUGCCGUUUGACGCGGGCGCCGAGUUUCGCUUCUACUGCGCCGAGCUCCACCUGGACAAGAACCUCUCGGGCACGUCGUGCGCGCAGCUUCAAAGCCGCCUCGCGCAGGCACUCGUCAUCUUGACGCUCGACGCGUGCGUCGGCGUGCUCAUGCUCGUGCUCGGCCAGCGCAUCGCGCAGAAGCAGCACAUCGAGUACACGCGCGUUCAGAAGGAGAUCGAGAAGGCCAACCAGUCGCCGAGCCAGAACACCUUGUUGGGCCACCACGUGUAA